AUGAGUGGCAUUCAUCGAUUCCUUACCCGUCGCGAGCGAAAUAACAGGAAUGCAAAGCAGAACAAGGAUGAGGCCUCGACGAUACUAUCCCGUCCUCUUUUCAGCGGAUUUUUCGCAUCCGAUCGCAGGCCAGAGCCAGACCAAGAAGAGCAGAAAAAGCUGAAGAUACUGGGGCGCCGCAUCGCACAACUUGGCUAUACUGGCUUGAAGGAAGAGCACUUUGAGUAUGCGCUCCAGUCCGCUCACGGAGACAUAGAGAAAGCGUUUGAUCUGCUCCUCAUCUUGGAGGAUUCGAUUGAGGGUAUAAUCAGAGCGUACACUCCGAGUACAAAGCUUCUUGGAGCAGUCAACCGACAGGGUGUUACCUGCUACCUGGACGCAUUGCUGUUCGCGAUGUUUGCUCGUCUAGAUUGCUUCGAAGCGAUCCUAUACAAGUCGUUUAACGACGAACCUCGUCGCAAGCUCUCAAUAUUGCUAAGACUCUGGGUCAACAUGCUGCGCUCAGGAAAGCUCAUAACAACAGACAUUACCAAGCAUUUGCAGGAUGCGCUCGCUGAAUGUGGCUGGGAAGAUGCAGCUCAGCUUCGCCAGCAAGAUACUUCAGAAGCCUUCACGUUCAUCACAGAAAAGUUAGAGCUGCCUCUACUCACGCUAAAGAUGGAUAUCUAUCACACUGGAAAGGAGGAUGUGAGCAGCGACCACAAAUUUGUCAAUGAGAGAUUGCUGGAGGUCGCGAUUCCUGAGCCUGUCGAUGGGAAGACGGUGACACUGGAGGAUUGUCUGGAAUCGUAUUUCAACAAUAGGAUUGAGGUCAAGCGCCACCUUGAGCGACGCAAUACUGUCGGCUCGACCAGAUCCUUCGAUUCCACGUCCAAAGGCUUUACAUCACAUAUCGAGACUGUUGAGGUCACCCCGUCUCCUGCGACUUCUCCAACUCAGUUGACUCCACUGCGACCCGACGACUCAGCGCCAUCAACGCCCAUAAUAACACAGUCAGAAGUAAGUGGCUCAAGCACGCCUCGAGGCGCCCACAUGCGGCGGACCAGCAUCGUUCAAGAACGAUUCGUACCUGACUCAGAAGACGGAGCAAACGCUGACGGUGGCUCUACCACGAAGAGUCACUCCGGAAGAGGAUCUUACAGGAAGGAAGUUAUGAUGCCCGCGUGGCAAUUCUUCAGUCUGAUACCUUGGUACACAGAUAACACCCCAACGAGCGAUGCCCAGGUCGCGGCGCAUUUUUCGUCGAAGAGACCAAUACUAGGCAUGUGCUUAAAACGUUAUUCCAUGCUUCCGAAUGGGAAAGCUGUCAGACUGAGCACAUACGUCGAUAUACCCACGGAAAUUGGGCUUCCCCACUUCAUUCAAGACGACAAUAUGGACGCAGACGGUCCCAUUUAUGGAAACUUCAAGCUGUCUUUGCAAGCGUUGGUUUGCCAUCGAGGUAACUCGGUUGACUCAGGGCAUUACAUUGCUAUUGUCAGAGGCACUAGUGCUGGCGCACUUCCUGCCAGCUCUCACGGAUCGGAGCCGGCCUCAGACGCUCCUAGAUACUGGAUGCGCUUCGAUGACCUGGCAGAGGAACGCGUUACCCUCGUCGACAUUGAGCAAGCGCUGAAACUCGAGUCUCCAUAUCUCCUGUUCUAUCAGAUACUGCCCAUAAAUGAGGAUGCCGCAGAAGCAAAUCUGGCCAGCAAAGUUCCUUCCUCCGAUACAUCGGAAGAUAUCGGUGAACUAGAUGCCGCGGGGAUUGUGCGGAAGCUCCAGACAUUGUCGACAGAUAAUACUGAUUUUGAACUUCCAUCAGGAUAUGUUUCUGGCCGGCCAAGUGUCGAAAUUACCACGCCAGAGGACCCUGCAAUUGGACUGACGGAUGUGAAUGGAAGGCAACAAAGCGCAGCCUUUUCGAAUCACGGCGAUUCAACCAAUAAUCUCCAAGUGCAUCCUGUCUCUUCAAAGUCGCCACGGAUCCUGCCAAAGGACUUAGAAGACAAAAAUGCCUUUUCGUACUCCAGACGCGAGUCCCGAUCAACCAGAAGUAAACCUACCAGUCGUGCCGGGAGUCAAACUAGCGAAAACAGAAUUAGUGCAACAUUCUCUCGCUUCACGUCACGCCGCAGCAAAGAAAAGUUCACCAGUGACGGCUCUGCGGAAGAUGACGUCGACGAUUUUGCUGUGGACAAUGACCUGGCCGGUCAAACUGGAGAGAUGUCUGCGGGAAUCAGUAGGGAAAGCAAAGAAAAGAGUCCCAGACGUUCCAAGGAUCGCGAGCGUUCUAAAGGCAAAGCGAAGGAUCGGUCGCGAGAAAGAUUUGGAAGAAAGCUGGAACGGGAGUGCAUAGUUAUGUGA